GACGUCACUCAAGACGUUCUUCCCUACCGGAAACCGCUCAGUCAAGAUGGCGGAUGCUUUCCCGCUCAGUUGUUGAUGUACUUUGGCCAACAGUUACAAAGAUAAACCGAUUUAGCACUGAAAUUCGUUUUUCAACGUGUUUGGGUCGCGGUUUAACCGACUUUGUAGUAGUCAACCACACCAUCAGAGGUGUCUGAAGGAGUUUCCACAGGCCGGACGAUCAACGGUUCUUUUGUUGCUCACGGACGGACCGUUACCCACAAAGCGUGGGUGUUCAGGUACUCGGUAAACUUUUUUAGGUUUUAAAUGGUUGGCUAAAGGACCAGUACAACUUCACUCAAGACUAUCUGACUCAGAUAUCUGUAAGCUAGCCACAUUUAAAGAUGUCUGACUUUCGAAUGAGAGAAGUCAGGGCCCUGCUGAAUACAACCAUGGAGUCAGUCCUGAGAAGGGCUAUGUUUGAAAUAAUGAAGAUCAUGGAGAACAGCCUACAUGACCAUCAGCUGGAGCUAGCCCAGAAAGGAGAAGAGAUUGUCCACCUGAAAGUGAAGUUACAGAAAGCGGAGUUACAGCUCAGAGAUGCUUUGUAUACAGAUGGGCAAGAAGCACGCGUCCAUCAUCAGAUGAUUGAAAUACAAAGAGACCCUGAAGUUGUUACACAUGCCGCUAGUAACGUAACUUUUCCUGAGAUUGACUUUGAAGUGCCUGAUGACUGGUGUGCUCCUGUGGGCUACGAGAGUCCUACAAAGCAAGAUGAUGUCACGUGUCCUAGUGUGAGAUUGCGGCGACUGUCCAUUCCUCUAUUUCCUAUACCAAUAAUCAAGAAAGAGGAGGCUCCCCAAGUCAUUGACCCCAACCUGGAAACAAAAGGUCUCAGGAGAUCCAAGAGAGGUAUUUUAUCAAUCCACGCGGGCAAUCAAACCAAGGACGAGAGUUUGACCAUGCAUGACCAAGGAGUUCGACGAAAACAAUUCAGAAAAGGCCUUGCAAUGCUGCUGCAAGAAAAUGCAGCAAAAGGAGUUAUUAUGAGUCCCAGAAGAAGAGAAAAAGAUUCAACAGGAAAGGACACUCCGCAGAAAAGAGAGGACAGAAAAAGUGCAGAAACUAGUGGAGAGUCUGCAGCGCAGCAGACGGUUAAAAGAGAAAGUGAAAGAACAUGCACCUGCAGGUAUUGUGAGAAGGCAUUUGAUACACCGUUUGGCCGACAUGUGCAUGAACGCUGUCACGAGUGGUGCAAGGGUUGCAAAAAAUUAUUUUCUCCUCCAAGUUCCCUUGAAAGUCAUAAGUCACACUGUAAGAAACUCAAGAUAUUGUUGGCAAAAGAUGCACAGUCCCAAGAUACUUCAGAAUGUCAGUCACAUGAUGCAGAAAGUCAGUCACAUGAUGCAGAAAGUCAGACCACAAGUAGCAAUGAAGUAGAGGCUGUUAAGAAAGACAAUGACGCAAACCAUGCUGAGUCAGUUAUCCCGAAUGACAGACCCGCCAAAAGGUACUUCUGUCGGUUCUGCGGCAAAAAGUUUCGGUCAAGUACCAGGCACGAAGAGCACACACGUGUUCAUACUGGAGAAAAGCCAUGUUCUUGCAGCUUUUGCCCAAAGAAAUUCCGGGUUAACCGGGCACUUGAACUCCACAUGAUGAGAAUUCACAAAGACCAAGUGAAUUCCAGGGCCACAAACGGAGACCUUGCAUGGACUGAGCCAUUAGAGGGGAAUGAGGAAUCAGUUUCUCCGGGUGAAGAAACAAGUGCACCAGUCAACCAAGUGGUACUUGCCAGAAAAACACCUUGUAGAUUAACAGGGCGGGGUCUUGGAUGGCAAGAAUGUGGCACACAGUGCCCUGGUGGUUUCAUCUGCAAUGUGUGCUCAAAGUUUAAAAAAAAAAUAUCCCAUUUGAUGGAGCAUUAUUGUGUUCACAUAAAACAGAAGCCCCUUAAGUGUAAAAAGUGUCACGCUCUGUUUCGUUUUAGUGGGAAGCUCGCAAUACAUGUUAAAAAAUGUACAAGGAUCCACUGUGAGAAGUGUGGGAGGACAUUUGCGGAACAAAACAUGUAUGACAAGCAUAUGUCUAAAACUCACAGAGACUGGCCUCUUUCCUGCCAUGUCUGUGGAAAAGGUUUCCAAAUGGCAGGACGCCUCAAAAACCAUGUGGAGCGUUGCCUUGCGCUAAGCAGUCUCACAGCUAAGUGAGUACAUUUUGGGCUAAUUUAUCUGAACCAAGUUGUUUCGACUAUGGGGACAAUUUUAAAAUAGUUGCUGUGUCAAAUGUUUCUUGUAACAUAUGUUAAAACAUUGUUGGAAUCUUUUAUAGCAAAAGUUAUUCUCUGGCUAUCUCAUCUACUGCUUUGAGUUCUGAAACAAACAUUGUCAUGUUUAAAUUUUUCAACUGCUUGAAAAGGCUUGAUUCUUUUUAUUGAUCUAAAUAAACAAAAUGAAAUGAGUGGACUUGUGGACUUGGAAAAAAUCAGGAUUUCUUAUCCUGUAAUGUAAGUGUUGCAAUAUUGUUGCUAGACAAGCAUUGUCACAAUAAAAUGUGUAUGUAAUAACUUGA